CAAAAGAUUAGCGUUUGUCAAAUUGAAAUGAAAUGUUUUCAUUUGAUUCUGAUAAUAUAUCUUAGUCCCAAUAUUAUAAAUGCAAUUUUUGUAUUGUCUACUAAUUUUAGUAUAAAAAACUACAGUUUAGCAAGAACCAAAGUUUAUAAUAUACAUAACUCGAUUAAAUUUAAACAAAAAAAUGAGGGUUUCUUCAAUGUGACCAUCUGCAAUGAAUCUUAUUUAGUAUUUGUGAAACCUACCAAAGUUCCUCAUCUGUAUAAUAAUUUAUCUGAAGUGCUCCUUCUCAAUGGAAAUGAAACUAAAAAGAAGAACUUUUCUAAUUUCCCAGGAAAUAUCGUUGAAGGAUUCGUACUAGAGAAUACAAAUAGUGGUGUAAAUGGAUAUAUUGAGCAUGAAGUAUUUUAUGGUACUAUAAUUUUAAAGAAUAAACUUUAUUAUGUUCAAGAUAUACGUAGGUUUCCUACAUUACAGAAUUUUAAUUCGAACAGAGAUGAGUUUAAUGCAAUUAUUUAUGAUGAAGAUUCAAUACUUAGUGAAAAGAAAGAAAAUAUUUACAAAAGGAUGGCUCUUCGUUCACAUUCUCGUAAAGUUUCAAUAAGUGAAGCUGCGUCAAAAAUUAUAUACAAAAAAUUCAUUGAGGAUAGGCAUAUUUGUCCCCUUCUCGUAAUACUGGACAAUUCCUUCCUGAAGAAAAUACAUAAAGAUGACGUGAUGGCUGCUGUUGCACAAGUGAUGCUCUCUAUAAAUGUAGUAAAUUCUGUAUUUCGAAGUACAGAUUUUGAUGGUGAUGGCACACCAGACAAUAUAGGAUUUAUCAUAAAAUAUUUAGUGGUCAUCCAAAAUGAGGAUAGUCCUUAUAAUUACAUACCACUAUAUUCAGAGGAUCCCGUUAGUCCAAGAUUUUACUUGGCACAUUUUGCUCAGUAUUUGAUUCUGAGAGAAGUGUGCCUUGGUAUACUUUUCACAGCCCAAUCCUUCCAGGAUAACGUACUGGGAGUGAGCUAUAGUGCAGUAUCGGAGAACGAUAUCUCCAAUGAAAUCAUCGGCGGUAUAUGCCAGAGACCCUUCACCAGUUACAUGUUGUCUUUGAACGCUGUUGCGGUGAGUUACAUUUCAACGCAAGGAUUGUACCUUCCACAGGGAACGAUAGACACAUGUUUGACGCACGAGCUGGGUCAUGCGUUUGGCUGUCGUCAUGAUCGCAAGUCAGAUCCAGGAUACAACGAAGAAUACAUAAUGUCAUCGCAUACGCUGCCGGGGACCAACGUUAAGAAUUUUCAGUUUUCUCCAAUGAGCAAGAAACAUCUGGUGAUGACCGUCCCCAAGAAGGGGCACUGCAUGUUGAAAUCAACGGAGGCGUUUUGCGGGAACGGUAUAAGAGAACAAGGCGAAGAAUGCGACUGUGGUGGGAAAUACUUAUGUCAAUCAACAGACCCGUGUUGCAUCCCUAGUGGUAUGCAUGGAGCCUGUCAAAUAAACAGAGCUGAAGGUCAUGAAUGUCACCCAUCUCAAGGUUUCUGCUGUACCUCACAAUGCAAAUAUGAGAAUUUGGAAAAUAUUGGUGUGGAAUGCCAUCUAAUCAACAGAACAUGUCCCUGCGAUGUUGGUAACUGUGAGUGUGGAAUAGGAGGACGAUGUCUUGGUAACGAGUGUCAAAGUGAAGAAUGCGUGCGUAUAGAUGCAAAAGAAUGCGACUGUCCUGCUUCACUCUUUGAAGAUUCCUGCAGUAUUUGCUGUUUGGUGAACCCUGGUGGCUCUUGUCUACCAUCGCGAAACCUGACCCAAUGGAAACUUGAGCUGGGCCUUAUCACCAUCAAGCAACUAGAAAAAUUUGAUGCCUUGAGGGUAUUGCCGAAUGCAACUGAUUUCGAGAGAUUCUGUCAUGGUAUCGACUGCAUCACUUUGUCAUUUAAGAAAUUCACAGUUGGGGAUUAUUGUCUCAAGAAUGGAAUGUUGGGAAGGUGUGGGACGUUUGGUUGCAGCUUGGAAAGCUCGAAGUUCCUUGAUUCUGAAAAAAAUAGUAGGAAUAUUGUGCUGCUGAGAUCAUCUGGUGGGUGGUUAUCGCGAAGUUUUUAUUAUUCGUAUUAUAUUUAUUGUUCAUUUCUAAUAAAAUUUCAAUUAUAGUCUUUCCAUUACUGA